AUGUUGUUAACUCGGCAUUUUUCAAGUGGAAAAAGUGACAAACAACAUCUCCUUUUGAUUUUGGAUUUAGAAGACAGUGAUAUUGAAGGUAUCAACUCACCUUUAGAAGAGAAUAAUGAAGAAAUCAAGGUUGUUGAUAAGGAAAAUGAAAAAUUUGGAGUUUCUCAGUUAAAUCUUGAUAAAUCAAUUUACGUUCGUCGGAGUUUUGCAACUCUUUUAGGUGUUGGAUUAUUCUUUAUAGUAUAUAUGUUACCAAUUUUCCCAUUAAAUCCAUGCGCUCAUACGAGUUUAGCCAUUGUUGUAAUGGUCUGUUAUUACUGGAUUUCAGAAUGCAUUCCUCCAUUUGUAGCAUCAUUUUUAAUACCAAUAUUUGCAGUAUUUUUAAGAAUUGGCGUAGAUCCAAAGACAGGAUUAAGAUAUACAGCAAAAGAACUUGCAUCAAUGUUUUCAGCGAACUUUAUGGAUCCUGUUAUACUCGUUUUCUUAGGUUCACUCACAAUGAGUACAGCGCUUUCAAAAUUACAAAUUACAACUCGCGUUUCUAAGCUAGUUUUAGGCUAUUUUCCACCAUCAAGGCCAACGAUAUUACUUGUAUUAAUGUUUAUUAACUUAUUCUCUGCAUCUUUACUCUCAAAUGUUGCUUCAACUACACUAACUCUCUCAUUAGCGCUUCCAAUUAUGAAGAAUUUAGAUCCAAAGGAUCCAUACAACAAAGCUCUCUUAUUUGGAAUUGCUUGGAGUGGAAAUUGCGGAGGAAUGAUAACAUUAAUUUCUUCGCCACAGAAUGUCAUUGCUUCAAGCGUUGUUGCAGGUGCCAAACAUCCAAUAUCAUUCAUUGAAUGGCUCUCAUUCGGCGCUCCUGUUUCAAUUACAUUAAUUAUCGCACAAUGGGGUUAUUUACUCGCUAGAUUUGUCAGAAACGAUACAACAAUACUCAGACUAUCUACAAAUUCCUCAAAUGAGCCAUGGACAACUCGCCAUACUCUUGCUUCAAUAGUUACAAUAAUUACAAUCUUAAUGUGGUCAUUAGGAGGCCAAAUCAGCUGGUUCAUGGGUCACACAGGCAUUGCAGCACUUAUUCCAGUUGUUUGGUUCUACGGAUCCGGUGUUCUUACAACAGAUGAUUUUAAUACAAUGAAAUGGAGUACAUUGAUACUUCUCGGUGGUGGCUUGGCCUUAGGACAGACCAUGGAAAUCUCCGGACUCCUUGACUUGAUCGGUUCGAUCGUUAGACCUUAUUUAAGUGGAGUUUCAGUUCCAAUGCUACUCUUGGCACUUUUGGCGAUAGAAGGAUUCAUCGCGUCACUUUUAUCGUCGACCACUGCCGCCUCAAUUCUUUUCCCAUUGAUUCUUACGAUUGCAAAUGCAACUGGACAUGCACCUCUACUUGUUUGCCUCUCAGCUUUGAUGAUUUCCGGUGCACAAUUGUUCCAUAUUUCUAGUUUCCCUAAUGCGUUAGUUUCUGGUGUUACAGAGCAAUCUCCUGAUGAUGACGGACCAAAGCCGACAUAUUUGACUGGCGUAGACUAUAUAAUUUAUGGCUUGCCAACAAUAUUAAUGUCAAUCUUGGUUAUUUCAACGAUUGGAUAUAUGAUAACAUCUGCUAUUGGAUUGUAA